AGAUGAUUACCGGUGCGUAACGUCAGCCUUUGUUUGUUCAACGGAGCUCAAUUUUUUCCGCUUUAACACGAGAACAGGAAAGAGGCGGAGUUAAUAAAUUAGUGAAUGAAGCAAUAAUCUCUAUCAUUUGAUAUCAAACCUUUUGGGGGAAUCAGCCUACUACGAUUAGAAAUCUGAUUCAAUAGUCUCGAUCUGGUCCUCAAUUAUAAAAUACGACCGAGUCAGUGAAUAAACAACAGCAACAUUGCCAUUUGAAAACGCAUGGUGGAGGAAAGUAAAUAAAUAAGCAAGCAAAUUCUCAGGUUCUCAAUGAGCAUGACAAUGCAGAUAGGUUACCCGAUUAACGCGCAUCACCCAGGAACUCACGGCUCACCUCAGCCGUCGAUGACGACUUCUGUUCCGCCGAAUAUGUAUCCGAGAGCCGAUCAUGGUUGUUAUCCUCCAUAUCAGUCAACUGGAUAUCAAUCUAUUGAUAUUUCAAGUAUUCAUCAACAUAGGCCCGAUCAGUAUGUCAGUCACCCUGCUCAUUCUCCUUACGGGGCUUAUGCUUCCAGUCAUCAUCAUCAUCAUCACCACCAAAACAAAGACAUGGUCAAACCACCAUAUUCUUAUAUCGCUCUCAUUGCAAUGGCGAUUAAUGAAGCGACAGAUAAGAAGGUAACACUAAACGGGAUUUAUCAAUGGAUUAUGGAAAGAUUUCCAUUUUAUCGGGAAAACAAACAAGGGUGGCAGAAUUCCAUUCGACAUAAUUUAUCACUUAACGAAUGCUUUGUCAAAAUUCCGAGAGAUGACAAGAAACCUGGUAAAGGAAGUUACUGGACUCUGGACCCAGAUUCCUACAACAUGUUCGAGAACGGAAGUUAUUUGAGGAGAAGGAAGCGAUUUAAAAAAGAAAAGAAAGAGAAUGGAAACUCGAACAAUGAAGAUCUAUCUUGCGACGCUUCCUCGGCAGAUUCUCAAAUUUCACCGGAUGUAAUCAAGGAUGCCAAAGAUAGUGACGUCAAUAUUUCUAAUGGAUCUACCGGAGACGCCGAGUCACGUGAUUCACCAACAAAUUAUCGCCACCAAUCGGCAGAAAGUAAUCCUCAAAUGAAGGAUCAUUACCAACAAAGCUCAGCUACGAAAUCAGAGCCUGCUGAACCGAUAACGAAUGAAUACAACGAUAUAACCAGAUACCAACAUGAACCAAUGGGUGGUUCCCCAGAAAUCGCGUGCUCUGCACAACCUCCUAGCGAUCCAAUAAGUUCUUUGCCGCUAUCAGCGAGCCCAACCUCCCCAACGCAGCUGAGUAAUUCAAGCAUACCGAUGGACAAUUAUUCUGGUAGUAGUGUCAUUUUAGCUUCAUACUUAGAUCACCAUCACCAACAAGCACAAUCUAUUUCUCAUCAUCAGCAAGAUGUUGUUCAGUGUAUCACUCCAGACGACAGCACGCCUCAAGUUUCUUCCUACCAGUCCAUACAAUCACCAAGUUCUGGUAGAUGGCUUCCCGAAACCGGUUCUAACCAGAACCAACCAGCUUAUGCUUCACAGUUAUUUGCCACAGAUUUUUUUGGACAAAUAGUCCCGCCUAAUCAAACUUCUGUACUGCAGGCAGUUCAUGAAGAUGAAAUUAUGUCUGGAAAUCACGGGUAUCAACUAAGAUAUUCCCCGCCGACACCGGCAUACUACCACCAAUACAGUCAUCAUCAUCCACACAAGCACCACAGAACUUAUUCGCCUUAUGAAUAUCCCAAAUAUUAAAUUAUAUAUAUAUAUAUUGGGCAAAAUGUUGGAAGUAAUGCGGAAAUAUAGCAAAGAAGUUACAGAGUUUGUAACAAAUAGGCGCAUCUACAAAAUUCAAAUUUACAGUUAUUAAAAUUAGAUUCUCAGGUAUUUCACACAAAUCGAGAAUGGAAUGAUUUGAUGAAAAAUAACAAAACAUUGACCAAAAAAAAGGACUCAUGAGAGCAAGUGCCUUGAGGAAUUUUUAUGUAUUGCUUGACUGACUUUUUUCUUACAGGAAAUGAGGUUAGAACCUGAAAAAAUCCGAAUUAAAUUGUCUAAAAGUUUUUCAUUAAAAGUGUAGGUUUUAUCACUACCUGUCUUUAUAUUCAUAUUUUGUUGAAUUAAUAAUUUUAGAAAAGAUCAGUUAUACAAACUAAAAAUAAACUAAGUGCGAGAAAUUAUCAAAAGUACCGA